AUGGAGGCUUCGGUUGUGCCUAUAGCGCCCCACGACGGAGCGAUCAAAUGCAGCUGCACGGAGGAGCAGCUGCUGAUGCAACAAGAACUCCUACAGCAGCAGGUGCUGCAACAGCAGCAUCAGCUGCUGCUGCAGCAGCAGCACCAACAAGUUUUUCGACAGCAGGCUCUAGUGCGAGAACAAGAGAUUCAGCAGGAGCAGAGACAGGGCAUGUGUAAGCAGCAGCAGGAGUAUCUGCAGCAGUCCCAGCAGCAACAGCAGCAAAAGGGCUAUUCUACCUGUGGUGGGGAGGAAGGCGUGCUGCCUGCUGGGCCGCUCUUUGUUGAGAAGAUGUCCUUGCUGAUGGAGCAGCUCGCAACUUGCGGAGAGGAAUCGUGUCGAAGGCCGAGUGUGGCUACUCGUUUUGACUCCAUCUGUCCGCCCGCCACUUCAAUUGCUGCUUAUAUCCCGCGGUUGUAUCGACACUUCCGUUGUUCGGAGGAGGUGUUUGUCUUCGCCCUGAUUUACCUCGACCGCGUCAUACGCGCAAACCACAUCAAAAUCAACGCCCUCAACAUUCACAGGCUUGUGCUGGCUGCCAGUGUCAUAGGAGUCAAAUUCGUAGAAGACGUGCGGUACAGCAACAGAUACUACGCGAGGGUGGGGGGCGUGGGUUUGACCGAGCUCAACCGUUUGGAGUUGGCGUUCCUUAAACUGGUGAAAUUCGACUUGACGGUCUCAAAGGAGGAAUAUGCGGUAUACCGCAGCACAGUCCUCCUCGCCUGUCCCAAGCGGCCCGUCUCCAGCUCACUUCCUGCGGAGACGCAGCAGCAACAGCAGCAGCAGCAGCAGCAACCACAGCAACAUAUGGGUGCGCCUGAUGCGGUACCCAGUGGUAUAGACUCGUCCAGCCCAGACUGUGGUCCGACGGAUCAACGAUCAUCCCUCCACAUAACUGCUCCGGCUGCGCAACAAGGGCAGCCGCAUGCGCUAGUUCAGCAGCAGCAGCAACAGCAACAGCAGCAACAGCAACAGCACUGUUCUCUGGGUUUAGUGGCCCCUUCAACUGCUUCUACAGUAUCGACGACUCCUGAAACCGGGCCGCCACAUUUGCCAACAGGCUCGUCAUGCGGUUCUACUGCAGGCGCAGUUGCUGUGGCUGUUGCUGCGGGGGCAACGGUCCCUUCCCAGCACCAACAGCACGACAGAAGCAUGGAAUGCUUGCAAAGAACAGAGUUGCUUCCGCAAGAGGAGGCAAUAAUGAGGACUCACCUUCAGCAGUGGCAGAGCUGUGGCUUGCAGUACGUAGGAACCAACGAGCAGCAGCAGCGCCAGUCCCUGCAGCAGAUACGCCUCAUGGUCGAGGCUCAGAUUCAGCAGCAUCAGGGAACCCCAAAGCAACAGAGUCGGCUGUGUAGUCAAGAACGGCUCAUGGAACUACAGCAGCAGCAUCAUCGCCAGUUGAUACGUGCGCAGCAGCUGCUGCUGCUGCGGGAAUACCACCAGCAGCAGCAACUUCUGCUGGAGCAGCAGCAGCAGCAGCAGCUGCUGCUUUUGCGACAGCAGCAGCAGCUGUUGCUGCUUCAAGAGGGGGAUUUCAUGAUGAAGGAGGCUGCUAUGUCUCCCAGCAAUAGUUUCGCGCCCACAUCUCGCUGCAACAGCAGAGACAGUCUGUCUAUGUGCGGCGGGUUUGGGAUGGAGACGGAGGACAAGAUGACAACAGCAGCGAGCGACGAAGAGCUGCAGCUAGCCAGCCCUAUGAAUGGCUUGAGAGACGUGUUGACUGCUGAGGUCCCAUGA